UCUGCAUGCAUGUGAAGAGAGAGACAGAGAGGUUGGGGUAGAGGAGAUCGAGUGUAGUGGAAAGCUAGAGUGACAGGGCACACCGUCGCACGCGGACGGACGGUCGAGCGAAAACGUACGUCGUCACGCUUCGGAUCGAGUGAUUGAUCGUGCAGGGGGAUACACGUACGCAACCGAGGAUGGCUCGUGCGCGGGUGAUGGUGGUGAUGGCGUCGUUGGCGUUGGCGACGCUCGCGAGCCUCCUGCCGAUGCUGGCGUGCCAGGCGGUGCCGGCGCCGUGCGGGCUCCCGAGGCGCGGGCACCACCAGUACAGGCACCCGGCUGGCGUGCGGCGGAUCGUGGUCGACGCCAUCGGCGGCGGCGACUUCCUCUCCAUCCAGCAGGCCAUCGACUCCGUGCCGGAGAACAACACCGUGCGCGUCAUCAUGCAGAUCAACGCAGGGGUCUACAUAGAGAAGGUGGUGGUGCCGGCGUCGAAGCCGUACAUCACGUUCCAGGGCGCAGGGCGCGACGUGACGGUGGUGGAGUGGCACGACAGGGCGAGCGACCGCGGCCCCGACGGGCAGCAGCUCCGCACCUACAACACCGCCUCUGUAACCGUUCUCGCUAACUAUUUCACUGCUAAGAACAUCAGCUUCAAGAACACGGCUCCGGCACCAAUGCCCGGCAUGCAGGGUUGGCAGGCGGUGGCGUUCCGCAUCUCCGGCGACAAGGCCUUCUUCUUCGGCUGCGGGUUCUACGGCGCGCAGGACACGCUCUGCGACGACGCUGGACGGCACUACUUCCGCGACUGCUACAUCGAGGGCUCCAUCGACUUCAUCUUCGGCAACGGCCGCACCCUCUACAAGGACUGCGAGCUGCACUCCACGGCGCAGCGGUUCGGCUCGGUGGCGGCGCAGGGGCGGCAUGACCCGUGCGAGCGCACCGGCUUCGCCUUCGUCAACUGCCGGGUCACCGGCACCGGCCGCCUCUACGUCGGCCGAGCCAUGGGCCAGUACUCGCGGAUCGUCUACGCCUACACCUACUUCGACAGCGUCAUCGCCCCCGGCGGCUGGGACGACUGGGACCACGCCAGCAACAAGAGCAUGACGGCGUUCUUCGGGAUGUACAGGAAUUGGGGCCCCGGCGCGGACGCCGUGCACGGCGUGCCGUGGGCGCGGGAGCUCGACUACUUCGCCGCCCGCCCCUUCCUCGGCAAGAGCUUCGUCAAUGGAUUCCACUGGCUCACACCUGACGUCUGAAGCCGGUUUUUCGGCGUCACAGUUGAUUUACAAGACGUACAUUUAGUUCGUACAGCAAACGCGAACAAUAGAACAGCACGAUAUAGACAACAUGUAUAUGAAGUAUUGAAUUGAUUAGUGCAGUAUAGUAGAUUCAUUCGUUCAUUCAUUUUGCCACAUCCGGCUUCCAAGGUUAACUGGUAGAAACACGGCUGUAUUUACAAGAUCCACAGUAGCUAUAUAUACACUGUUCCAAUGCUUUUUGCACGUAAACAUGUACCUAUGUGAACUGAACAGUGUAUAAAACUGAAUUUAUUAUUCAU